AUGGCAGACUCCUGCAGGAACCUCACAUACGUGCGGGACUCGGUGGGCCCGGCCACCAGCACCCUGAUGUUCGUGGCCGGUGUGGUGGGCAACGGGCUGGCACUGGGCAUCCUGGGGGCCCGGCGGCGGUCACGCCCGUCCGCCUUCGCAGUGCUGGUCACUGGGCUGGCGGUCACCGACCUGCUGGGCACGUGUUUCCUGAGCCCCGUGGUGUUCGUGGCCUAUGCCCGAAACAGUUCGCUCCUGGGCCUGGCCCGGGGCCACCCGGUGCUGUGUGACGCCUUCGCCUUCGCCAUGACCUUCUUUGGCCUGGCCUCCACGCUCAUCCUCUUCGCCAUGGCCGUGGAGCGCUGCCUGGCGCUCACCCGCCCCUACCUCUACACCCAGCUGGACGGGCCGCGCUGCGCCCGCCUGGUGCUGCCCGCCACCUACGCCUUCUGCACCCUCUUCUGCUCGUUGCCCCUGCUGGGCCUGGGCCAGCACCAGCAGUACUGCCCGGGAAGCUGGUGCUUCAUCCGCCUGCGCUCCGCUGAGCUGCACGGCUGCGCCUUCUCCCUGGCCUACGCCAGCCUCAUGGCCCUGCUGGUGGCUGCCAUCAUCCUCUGCAACGGCUCCGUCACCGUCAGCCUCUGCCGCAUGUACCGCCAGCACAGGCACCGGGCGGGCGAGGAUGAGGUCGACUACCUGAUCCUGCUGGCCCUCAUGACCGGCAUCAUGGCCGUGUGCUCCCUGCCUCUCACGGUCCGCAGCUUCACUCAGGCCAUCGCCCCGGACAGCAGUGAGAUGGGGGACCUGCUCGCCUUCCGUUUCAAUGCCUUCAACCCCAUCCUGGACCCCUGGGUCUUCAUCCUUUUCCGCAAGGCUGUCUUCCAGCGCCUCAGGCUCUGGCUCUGCUGCCUCUACCCCAGGCCCGCACCUGGCCGCUCGCAGAUGCCCCUCUCCCAGCCCGUCUCGGGGAGGAAGGAGGGGAGCUGGGUGGCUCUGUCAGUCUGGGGCAAGGCGCCAGGGUCCCGCCUGCCUCCGGCACAGCCACCCGGCAGCACCGUGGGAACCCCGUCCAAAGUGGGGUCCACAGCAGCCUGCUGA